AUGAGAUUUUCUACGAUUAUUCGCCUUUCCCUUGGUCGUGCUGUUAUCUCGAAGAAUACACACCGUUUUCUUAAGUCAUCUGCUGUACUAAACGAGUCAGAAAUGAGUGUGCACCCCAUAGCAGAGAGCGGAUUUACAUCGUCCGAACUUUACGAUCGCGUGAGACCGGGUUAUUCGAAAGAAGCCGUGACCUUUUUACUCCAUAAACUUGGCGUCGUUUAUGGUAAAAAUGCUACAUCGAAUAUGCAACCAACACAUAUCUUGGAGCUCGGAGCAGGGACAGGAAAGUUUACUCGCACCUUGCAAGACGUUCUUCGUGGUAGCAAUGUAGAAAUGAUCACAAGUGAACCUGUCCUUUCCAUGCGUCAGGAGUUUGCCAAGAUUUUCCCAGAGUUAAAGAUCAAAGACUUUUCAGCGGAAAAUAUAGGUAAUGAACGGGAAAUUCAAAAAACGUCUUGCAUAUUAGAUAUGGUAGAAGCGCGGGGGCCCUGGGCCUCAAUACCCCAUGUAAAACUAUAAAUUUUCAAGGCCGGCACUGCCCCCUCCCCGCUUAUCCCAGGGACUGGAUGACCAGUCGCUCACUUACCGUAAAUCCUGUAUUAAGCCCCCCUCUCAAAUUUAAAAUAAUCCUCCGCCCCCCUCCCCUAAUUAUUCUUCACCAAUAAAUGAGAGAUUCUAUUAAUCAAUCAGGACUGUAAAACUUCAUGUGGACUGUUCUGGGAUGGUUUAUUUACCAACUGGAAAUUCGAAUUUGAUUCUGAUCCUCGGCUGUAUGACCUGAAACUUCUUGUACGUGAGCUUUUCCACUUUGUAUUCUAGUUCUUUAUGGAGAACUGAUACCAUCAUCGUUUCUAAAUUAACCCCCCCCCCCCUCUCAAAAUGAACCCCCCAACUGGGCUCGAAAUAAAUAAGUCCCCCAGGGGGCUUAAUAGAGGAUUUAUGGUAAUAAACAAAAUAAUCACAAAGCCACAGUUCCAAUCCUUCCCCUACCCCAAACUCUAUGGGGAGCCAAAAUGCCAAUAUAGCAACCUAUAAUGCCAUGAUUAGAGUUGUACAAAUAUAGAUUUUGUAUGAAAAUGGCUGUAUGAUAGUCCAGAAGUCUUCCUUCGUGGGGGAGGGGGGUACUCUCAUAAAUGGGCUGGAUAGGUAUGUGCCGCUUGGUAGUUUUUGAGGGUAUCUUUUUUCCCCUUGUUAGUAUUGUGUUUCUAGUGUUCUAGUGUAAUCCUUAUAUAGGAUACCGUAAAUCCUCUAUUAAGCCGCCCGGGGGGCUUAUUUUUUUCAAGCACUUUUGAGGGGGGGGCUUAUUUAUUGAUUUAGCGAAACGCAUCACCUGUAGCAAAAAUACCGUGGUAUGAGACAGUAGACUUGUGCAUUGUACAAUUAAAGUCACUGUCAAAAGUAUUUAUUUCACUUGUGGGAGCCUAAAAGUGACAAAAACAAAAUUCUUAUUCUUCAAAAAUGUGCUUUCGGCCUCAUGUUCUUCUGUAAUUUUUAUGAAUAAACCAUAACUGAUCAGUCCAUGUUAAUCGUUAAUUUUUUUGUGAAGAAUUUGGGGGAAGAAUAAAACUGAUACCCGUUCUAGAAAUGGGCCAAUUUUUUAUACUCCGUUCUAGGGUGCAAAGAGUACAACAGUUUGCUUGUUAACGGAACCGGCAAUCUGUCCUUGAAUAAUUUCAAAUGGCUGCUUUCACUGGAGCCUCUAUUAUACCCGAAAAGAAAUGGGGGCUCUAAAUCAGGAGCUUUAAAAUCACGACCCGUUAAAUUACCCGUAUGGGAGUACCCCCCCGGGACUUUCCCCCUCUGAAAAGGGGGGGCUUAAUAGAGGAUUUACAGUACUUAAAUUGUAUCAGCUAAAAUGUGCAGCUACAUGUAAAUGAGAAACAAGUCAUCUGUUACAGUCAAACCAGGUCAAAUGUACCCCCCCCCCCCCCCAAAAAGAAUGCUUCUUCAUGCAGCAGCCCAUGUCCAGUAGGAAGCUUGGUAGAACCCCCCUCCCUUUCUCCCACAAGGCUACAUUGCAAUUCCACUCUCAUUCCCACCAAAAAUAUCAUAUUCAUUGAGGUUAAUGUUUCCUCUUCUUUGCUGUUAUUAUAAUCAUGCAGAUCUUCCAGACUCCAGUGUUGACGCUGUAAUUGCUGCUCAGUGUUUCCACUGGUUUGCAAACAAUGAGUCUUUAUCUCAAAUUCAACGAGUUCUUGUACCAGGAGGCAAGCUGGGUCUUAUUUGGAAUAGUUGGGAUGCCUCCUUCCCUUGGAUUAAAGAGCUGAAUGAAGAAGUUGUCCUUCCUUCUUACUGGGAAACGAACACACCUCAUGAAAUGUCUUAUGAAUGGAAGAAAGUCCUAGAUGCAUCAGGAAAAUUUUUGCCUGUAGAAGGAGAUGAAUCACAGUUUAAAAGCCAGCAAUUUUUCUCUUUUGAGGAGCUUAUAGACCGACUCACAUCAGUCAGCGUUAUACAGGUGAAAAAUUCAAGUGAAAAAGAGUUGAUGAAAAAGAGGGUUGAAUUAAUUUGGAACAAAUACAAUGAGAAGAACAAAUUGGUCUUCCCUCAUGUUGUUAAGAUUUAUUGGGCAGAAAGAAAGUGA